AUGGCAUCUGAUUCAAUUAUUAAAUCAAUAGAUCUCUCAGAAAAAAAGCAUUUUACUUUGGAUGGCAUUCCAUAUCUGAAUGGAAAAGUUGCAGUUGUACAGGAGGGAAAUUUUGGUAUUGGAUAUAUUGCACGCAGAGAAAUUUGCCAGAAAAAACGCCCACGC